AUGCAAUCAACCAGGACUUUAAGAAUUGCAGUUGAAGGGUGCUGUCAUGGAGAGUUGGACAAAAUAUAUCAAGCUCUACCCGAUAAGCUUGACCUUUUGCUCAUAUGUGGUGAUUUUCAAGCAAUCAGAAAUAUGGUAGAUUUAAAAACUAUGUCGGUUCCAGAAAAAUAUAAGAAAUUGGGAGAUUUCCAUGAUUACUAUUCAGGGGUAAAGGUUGCUCCUGUGCUAACAAUAUUUAUUGGAGGUAAUCAUGAAAGCUCUUCCUAUUUGAAGGAAUUGAAAUAUGGUGGAUGGGUAGCCCCUAAUAUAUAUUACCUUGGUGAGUUUGGGUGUGUUUGGUUCAAGGGCCUACAAAUUGGUGGAAUCAGUGGUAUUUAUAAUCAAAGAUCUUUCUAUGACUCUAUUAGAAGUGAUAAUAAGGACGAAAAGUUACCAUAUAAUCCACAUACUAUUCGUUCCAUAUAUCAAGUGAAAGCGAAGAAUUAUUUAAAGAUGUAUUUAAUGGACCACCACAGAUUAGAUAUAGUAUUGAGUCAUGAUUGGCCCCAGCAUAUUGAGAAGAAGGGCAAUUUGGGAAAGUUGCUUAAAGAAAAACACUUUUUCAAAGCCGACAUCAAUAAUGGUACCUUGGGCAGUCCAUUGAAUAAUGUAUUGCUAGAUCGCCUAAAGCCUAGGUAUUGGUUCGCAUCACAUCUUCAUGUUAGGUUCCAAGCAUUAGUGAAACAUUCCGCUAAAAGAAGCAACAAUGAGGUCUCUGAUUCAGUAUCGAAGAAAAGCAAAUCCAAUAUCGAUGAGCUGAACGAUAAUAAACAAAAUAAUGAGAAGAUUGAAUUAGAGAUGGACGAUGAUACAGAUACCAAUAAGCUAGAAUUAAAUAUGGAUGAAGUGGAAAAUAAUGAAGCAAUAAAGCUCGAUAUGGAUGACAAUCUGAGCAAUGAAGAAACGAAACUUGGCAUUGAUAAUAGGCUGAAUACUGAAGAGAUCAAAUUGAAUAUGGACGAUUUCGAUCUGACACCUUCGACAUCCGACCAACUACAACCGAAAGUAGAUAAUGAAGUACUUGAAACUCACUUUCUUGCACUCGAUAAGUGUUUACCUCGAAGAAAGUUUCUUGAGAUUAUGGAGAUAGAAGUACCUGAUGAAAAUAUCAGCCAUCCGUCUUAUAGUCAAGAUAAUAAGGCAUCUUUAGAUUUGAAGACGCAGCAACCACUGCUUUAUUAUGACAAGAGAUCCAUUGCGAUUAAUAAAGUCAUCGAAUCGUUCAUUGACGGUAAUUUAAAGAUAUGGAACUCUAUUCACCAAGGCGAUUUCUACAAUUUUAUACACAAGCAAUUUGACUUGCACAACGAAUUAAGGGAUGAGAUUGAUUUUGAAUUAAAUAAAUUAAGCAAUUUGCCCAGCGAUGCGUUGCAGAUAGAUCCAAACUCGUUCCAGGUCAUUGCACCUACCAGCAACGGAGAAAGGAUUCCAUUGAAGUAUUGGGAAAACAACCAGACUACAGAAUACUGUUCAAAAUUUCAAGUACCUUAUAAUAAGCUAUAG